AUGUAAUCUUUAUAUUUCCAUGAAAAAGGUGGAAACCGGCUCAUAUACUUUAUGCUAGCUUCAAAAGAGCCGACCAGUUCAAAGAGCCGACUCUUUCGUGAACGACACAUCGCUACCAGAGACUUUAGUGAAUCUUUCAAGUUUGAGCUCGCGGCGUUGCUAAGCUACUUGUGGGCAGAUGUAGUUAGCUAAGCUAUCGUUUCAGCAGUCUUCUGUGUAACAGCCGGUGGACCUACAUUAAUGUAAUGGCUGUGGCGAUGAUCUCCACCUGCCCGGGCCUUUACUGUGGAAAAACCCUCAUCAACGGGACAAUUGAAGGAGAAUGUGGGGUGUGUCCCCGAGGUGAGAGAGCAAACGUGGAGAAGAUCUGCCAGAAGUGUAUGGGUUUUCCGGAGCGUUAUGACUGGCUGUACCUGGGCUUCAUGGCCAUGCUGCCGCUGGUCCUGCACUGGUUCUUCAUCGAGUGGUACUCGGGCAAGAAAAGUUCGAGCGCGGUGCUGCAGCACGUGACUGCUCUUUGUGAGUGCGGCGUGGCGGCAGUGAUCACACUGCUGCUGAACGAGCCGGUGGGCCAGCUGACCAUCCAUUCCUGCGGGGUCCAGAUGCUCUCCGACUGGUACACCAUGCUGUACAACCCGAGUCCCGACUACAUCACCACACUACACUGCACCCAGGAGGCCGUCUUCCCCCUCUACACCAUCGUGCUGAUCUACUACGCUUUCUGCCUGGUGUUCAUGAUGAUGCUGCGGCCGCUGCUGGUGAAGAAGAUUGCGUGCGGUUUGGGGAAGACUGAUCGCUUCAAAAGCAUCUACGCCGCGCUGUACUUCUUCCCCAUCCUCACCGUGCUGCAGGCGGUCGGAGGAGGACUCCUGUAUUAUGCGUUUCCCUACAUCAUUCUGGUCCUGUCGCUGGUCACGCUGGCUGUGUACAUGUCUGCUUCGGAGAUCCAGUCCUUUAAGAACCUCGUGGCCAAAAAGAAGCGUCUGGUGGUGCUGUUCAGCCAUUGGCUACUCCACGCUUAUGGCAUCAUCUCCAUCUCCCGAUUGGAUAAACUCGGGCAGGAUUUGCCGCUGUUGGCCCUCGUGCCUGGACCCGCACUCUUUUAUUUACUCACAGCCCGAUUCACCGAACCCAACCGCAUUUUAUCGGAAGGAGGAAACGGACACUAAGGCACUGAAGUGUGUGUGUGUGUGUGUGUGUUAUUACCUUAUCAAUACACAAGCUACGAGGUUAAUGUUGAAAAGGAAGUAUGUCUCGCUUAAAAUCCUUCGUGUGCCUCUAGUCCACCUCGCAGGAAGUGAUCAAAAAGAUGCACGUUGAAUUCAAAUGAGCAAAAUGAUCAAUCUGGAAUUUCGCCGCUAUUUUAAAUAAGCGUUUAUUUAGAAAUGACAUUACGGAGCUUAAUGAGGUUUGGAUGAUUUUUUUUUUUUUUUUCUCAGUGAAAUUAAACGCACGUUUUAGUUUUACUGCUCAUUGAAGAAUAAUUCAUCGAGACUGUAAAUGGUUUAAAAGAAAUGGCAGGAAUACUUUAAAUCAGUGCUUGCACGUUUUAUCAGAACAAUUUGGACUUUAAAGCGCACCGAUGCUGGAGAUAAUAAAAAACACAAUCAGUCAUGAGCCAUAACUAUCUCAGUCCUUGUUUCCGCGAUGCUUUGCGUCUGAGCUGUAAAUUAUAACCGAAAGGUACCUUUUCUUACUUUUGUAAAUAUGUACAGUUGUACUGAUGGAUGUGUGUUGUUGGUUUUUUUUUUUUUCUUUUUCUUUCUUCUCUCCUUUCCCCACUGUCUCUCUGUUGUCUUUAUUGCAGCUGGUCUGUGAAAUAUACUCAUUAUUUAUCCUGU